GUAUUUUGUUUAGUUGUUUGAAAACUGUUUGUAUCAGAAUUAAUAAAAAUGAUCCGUUUAAUAAGUUUAAUUCUCUACUUUAGUUAUUUGUGCAAAACGGGAGAAUCGUGUGAUGGGGAUAAUCCAAAACUUCGAUAUUUUUUGGGAGCUAAAAAGGUAAAUUGGGCUGCCGCAAUUAAAUUAUGUCAAACUGUUGGAAUGUCCUUAGUAAGUAUUCAGAAUAAAGAAAAGAGUGACCAAAUUACGCAGUUUCUUGAAUCAACAGGUGUGAAUUACGAUAGUUAUGAUACCGCUAUUUGGACUUCAGGCAACAGGUUGCAGGAUAAAGUCAACUGGUUUUGGUUAGCUAGAGAACCUGUGAGGUUUACGAAUUGGGAUACUCGGUACAAUGAACCCAAUAAUUAUGGGGGAAACGAAGAAUGUAUAAGCAUCCUUAAAGACGGAGCUAUUACUACCUGGAACGACAUUGCCUGUAAUCGAGAAUUUUAUCCCUUGUGUGAGAAAAGCAUGUGCUGUUCUCUUUUAAAUUAAUAAGAUGUUUUAGAAUAAGUGUAUCUAGUAACUUCUUAAUACAGAUUAUACAAUAAUACAAGUUAAUAAAGAAGUACUUUUAAUAA